CACCGGGUUCACAGAGGUGGGCACAGUCCCCCACCUUCCCCAGCCCAGUCCUUGAGGCUGCAGUUCCCUUGGCCCUGCACUUAAACUAUAUUCAUGGCUACUGUCUUUUCUUAACCCUGUGCCGCCCUCCUUGCUCCCCACAACCCUCGUCAUGUGGGACGCAACAUAUGGCACCCAACAUGGGGCACAAUUCUGAGGCCCGCUUUUGGGACUCACUUGUGGGGCUCGAGAAGGAAGGUCAAGCUCGAGUCAGAAUACAGAAAGAUUCCAAAGAGGUUUCAUGGCGCAAGGCCCGGGACAGGUCACGACAACUGCUGGAAGAAAGUAGGGUAACUCCUGGAGAAUUUAACCAAGGUAAAAGGGGGAAUUUUCUCUUUCUGUGUGCAAGGGUGUGAAUGUGUAAGCGUGUGUUUAUGCUUCACGGCCUCGGCUACGGAGCUUGUGUGGGCCCUACUCUGCGUUUCCGUGGUCUAAGUCAUAAGGCAAAACGGUGACUUAGUGCCUGAUGGCAUUAACCAGGCCAGGGAUUUAUACAGCUGCACCUUUAGCUAAGACGGACCUGAAAGUCCCGCGAGGGAUGCAGCCACACGGGCAUCUGAAUCUGUUCAGAGUGAAAGUCUUCCUUUCUAUCCUUUUCUCUGUACAUAAUGGGGAAUGUUAAUAGCCAAUAUAGAGCUUAUAUUUGUUUGCUCAAGCACCUUCUUGAGGCUAGAAGAGCUCGAGUGUCAGAUCAGAAAUUAGAGGAGCUUCUCCAAGUAAUUGAAACUCAUUGUCCUUGGUUCCCAAAUUUAGGGACGUUAGAUUUAAAAACAUGGAGAAAAGUUGGUACAGAACUCCGCAAAUUAUAUCAUAUAGGAGUUUCUCUCCCAGUAACUAUCUGGGAUACGUGGAGAUUAAUCCGGUCAGUUUUAAAACCUUUACAAACUGAUGAGAAAGAUACAGGAAAAAAGAAAGUACAAAAAUCUGAGAAAAAGGAGGAAGGGUCUCUGACAGCUCUCACAGUAUAUACCCCUUGGAGCCCUCAGCUCCCUCUCCUGAUCUGCUGCCGCUGGCUUUUACAGCAUGUGAAUGGGAUUCACCUGCGCAGCAGGAAAAGAAAAAGGCUAAUCCUUUUCUUUCUGCCGGCGGGCGCUCCUUCAGGAGGCUCUCCCGCAGUUCUCUCAGCAGUGGAAAAGGGUAUAAGGCAGGUGAGACUGGAAGGAGACAUCGAGGCAUUUGCCUUUCCUGUUGUCAUUCGUGAGCGCUUUACACCUGAAGCGAAUCCAGACCACCCUAACAUUGUUCAGGAAUUUUCACAUGAGCCCUUUUCAUUUAAGCUUUUAAAGGAGCUUAAACAAGCUGUAACACAGUACGGCCCUACUUCUCCUUACACCAUGGGUCUUAUAUGGAGUGCAGCUGAUGGCAAUAGAUUAAUUCCCACAGAUUGGAACACCCUAGCCAGAACUUGUCUUUCCUCAUUCCAGUUUUUGCAAUUUAAAACUUGGUGGAUUGAUGGUGCAGAAACCCAAGCUAGACUUAAUCAAACUCUCAAUAUAGUUAUUGUCAAAGAUCAAUUGCUAGGGAGUGGCCAUUGGGAAAACCCCCAAGAUCAAAUAGGAAUGAAUAAACAGGCUAUUAAACAAGUACAAAGAAUUUGCCUAACGGCAUGGGGAAAAAUAGAAUUCUACUGAGGGUAAAACCCCAAUGUCAUUUCAAAAAAAUCUUACAAGGUCCUCGAGAACCAUACUCUGAAUUUGUUGCCAGGUUACAGGAUGCUAUCAACAAACAGGUAGCCAAUUUACAGGCAGCUGAGAUAGUUUUACAAAUAGUGGCAUAUAAAAAUGCCAAUGAGGACUGCAAGAAGGCCAUCUGGACCCUGAGAGUAAAAACUGACAUCCGUUUGUGUCAAGGAGUAGGGACUGAAGUAUUUAAAACUAAUAUGUUAGCCCAAGCCAUAACUGGAUUAAAAAUAGGUCAAAAAAAAUUUCCUGGUAGUUGCUACAAUUGUGGGAAGCCAGGCCAUAUCAGAAAAGAAUGCAGAAAGAAAAAUAAAAAACAGUUCCCGUUUGCCUAAUACUAAUACUGUUACGGGACAUUAUUAGUGCCCUAAUGCCAAAGAGAAAAUCAUUGGACUUCUGAAUGCAGAUCAGUAUUUCAUAAAAAUGGGAUCCCUCUUCAGGGAAAAGAGAGGUGAGGCCAGCCCAAGGCCCCCAUGACAAAAACCGGGACAUAUGUAAAUCAGACUGCCUUUCAGAAUUAUCAGGCAGUACCUCCCCCGGACUUUCAAUUCAACAAUUAAGUCCUACUACAGAAGGGAGUGCUGCUACAGAUCUCUAUGCAGCACAAAAUAUUUUAUUACUUCCUGGAGAAUCUCCUUUACAUGUGCCACUGGACUUUUUGGACCAAUUCCUCCAGGUACUGUUGGACUUCUCCUUGGUCGUUCUAGUUUAACAUCCAAGAGAGUUACAAUUCAUACAGGUAUUAUUGAUUCUGACUAUAAAGGAGAAAUUCAAAUUAUAAUAUCCUCAUCUGUUCCCUGGACAGCUAAAAAGGGAGAACGGAUUGCACAAUUACUUUUGCUCCCAUACAUUCUCCCAGGAAAAAAGGGAACUCAAAGAAAAACUGGAGGUUUAAAAACACAGGACAGACAGAAAUUUUUCUAGCAGAAAGUGUCUGCAUUCUUCCGUGCCUCGGGCCAGAGGGACAAAAAGGAUUUUUAUAGCCCUAUGUUACAGACAUUCCAGUUAAUUUGUGAGGUAGAGAUAUACUUACACAAUGGAAAACAGAAAUUUGGAUACUACCUGGACAAUAUAGUCCUCAGAGUCAACAGAUUAUGAGUCAAAUGGGAUAUCAACCAAGAGAAGGUUUAGGAAGAUUUAAUCAGGAAAUUUACUCAACCUAUACAGCCCUCAUCUCAACAAGGACGCAAGGGACUGGGAUUUAAAGCAGAAAAUUCAGGAUGCUCAAGUUCAAGGUAUUGAUCCUUCUUUGCCUUUACAAAUGCUAAUUUUCCCUACUCCACAUUCGCCUACAGCGGUAAUUGUUCAACAAAAUGACCUGGUAGAGUGGCUUUUUUUUACAUAACAAAUUCACUAAGUUACUUCCAAACUAUGUAGAGUUAAUCUCAGAACUCAUAUCAAAAACUCACACCAGAGUCUUCAUUUAAAUGGACAAAAACCAAGUAAAAUAGUGGUUCCCUUUUAAAUGAUAACACAUUUAAACAUUCAUUCUAAAUCUUAAUAAAUUACUAUUAGUAACUUUUUUGAAACAACUGACAAUCAUUAUCCAAAAAAAGUUAUUUCAGUUUCUCCUGAAAACUAAUUGGAUUUUACCUUAAAAACUCAGACAGGCUCCUAUUCCUCAAAGCUUUACAGUUUUUACAGAUUGAUUUAAUAAUGGAAAACAAUAAUUGUAUCAAACACACAAUGGCCUUACAUAUACCAGUGCCAAGUUUACAAAAUUCUGUGCUAAAUGGCACAUUACUCACACCACUGGUAUUCUUUACAACCCCCAGCGUCAAGCCAUUGUUGAACUUGCUAAUGCCACAUUGAAAGAACAAUUACAAAAACAAAAAGGAGGGGAAAAAGGAGACCCCCCACAGAUACAAUUAGCAACAGCCAUGUUUACUUUAAAUUUUUUAAAUUCAUCUGGCUCAGAUACCAAGGCUCAUCUUGGACACACUGCAGCUGAGAGACAUUUCAAUAGUCUCCAGAGUCCAAAACCUUUGGAAAAUGUGCCUAUUUGGUGGAAGGACAUUCAAACUAAUCAAUGGCAUCUAGGAACUUUAUUAACCUGGGGACGAGGCUUUGCUUGUAUUUCUCCAGGUCCUGAAGAAAAACCUUUGUGGAUUCCUGGUCGGUGUGUCAAACCACACCAUGAGCGACAGCCCACGGAAGAGAAGACAUCUAUAGAUACCCAUUUCCCUAGGGUGUGGAAAGGCUCUCACUCCUUAUAGGAGAGGAGACACUUUCCGCAACUGUGGAAGAACUAUCUCAUUUGAAUCCACUCACAUGGGUGAAAACCCUAGGUGGCAGAUUUGCUGGUGCUACUGCUAUUCUGUUUAUUGUUUUAUGUUUAUUUUGUUUAGUCCUCAGGUGUGGACAACAAGCCCUCUGAUGGGCCAUAAGUGGAAGAAAAAUCUACAGGGUCUGUGUUUCUCAUACUUCAAAAACAAAAAGGGGGAGAUG